GAUACCUAGAGCGCACUGUUGUAUAUACACAGCUACAUCCACAACGACGAUAAGCAAGCAUGGGGGAACGCGUUGAUGACUCGGGUCAACACAUUCCUCGGACUCCUGAAUAUGUGCCCAAAGUAGUGGUCGGAACAAAUGCACCCAAGUAUAACUACCAGGUGUCGGAAGAUGUGCAGUCGCUAUCAACGGUACAGCGUAGCUCAAACGCGUCCUCGUCUGCGCCACACGUGACCUUUCACGAGGAAACUCUGAACCAAACAGCACCACAUACGGUCAACCAGUUUAUCUUGAAACGUCUGAGAGCUACCUCGCACGAUGACGAACUUAUGCCCGAAGGCGUUGAAGCGUGGGAAUUCUCUGGUAACGGAACGCAGAGCACUAUCACCAAACUGGUGCGCCUUUCAGAAGUGCCUGAGAGUAUUGACCCGAGAGAACUGGAGGAGAACAAUCCUUUGUUGAAGGCCCCUACACCCGCGCACGACCAUCAACAGCUUGGCCAGUUGGUGGCCACAGCUAUCAGUGGCAAUGAUAUCACGAGCUCGUGUCUUUACGUCGCCGGAAUUGUCGCAUACUAUGCUGGUUGCUGGGCUCCAUUUGCGCUGAUCAUCGUCGCUGCGCUUCUAUAUCUCUUCCGCGACAUCUACUCAGAGGUGGUUACCGCCUUACCAGUCAAUGGAGGCACAUACACAGCGCUGCUGAACACCACCACCAAGCAGGUCUCUUCCAUUGCUGCGUGUCUGACUCUGUUGUCGUAUGUUAGUACGGCUGUGGUGUCGGCGGCCACCGCAAGUGCCUACGCACACGCGCUCGUGCCAGAAAUCGGCGUGGAAUGGAUGACGGUGGUAAUCCUCGCACUCUUCGCCUUUCUUAAUCUCAUUGGAAUCAAUGAGAGCGGACCGGUGGCCGUGGGGUUCUUUAUCAUGCACAUCCUUACGCUGUCUCUGUUGCUGGUAGACUGUAGUGUGUUCCUUUACUACGACAAGUUCGAGCUUCUGACCAAGAACUGGAACCUCGAUCUGACCCAAGUCAAAGACGCGAACGCGUACACGCUCUCUCAGGCCAUAUACUACGGCUUCUGUGCGGGCUUACUGGGUAUCAGUGGGUUUGAGACCUCCGCAAAUUUUGUCGAGGAGCAGAAACCGGGAGUGUUCCCGAAGACACUGCGUAAUAUGUGGGCCCUGACGGCGUUCUUCAAUCCUCUCAUCAGUCUGUUCUCCAUCUCUGUCAUUCCGCUGGAGACGGCGAUGGGUCUGCCGCUGGUGGACAAGCGACCGAACAACGACGAUCUGCUCAUUAAUAUGGCCCAAUCGGACUAUUUGAAGACUCUGAUUGGCAUCGAUGCUGUGCUGGUGCUGAGUGGAGCUGUGCUUACAAGUUAUGUCGGUGUGACCGGUCUGAUGAGGCGGAUGGCGCUGGAUCGUUGUCUGCCCAACUUCUUCCUCAAGGAGAACAAGCUCAGGGGGACGAAUCAUAACAUCAUCAUCAUGUUCUUCUUCACCUGCACGUCACUGUACUUUGUAAUGGAUUGCAAUAAGGUGGUGCUGUCAGGCAUUUACACACUGAGUUUCCUCUCCGUGAUGUUCCUGUUCGGCAUGGGCAACCUGCUACUGAAGUGGAAGCGACACAAGAUCAACCGCGUCAUCAAGGCAUCGGUUACGCAGGUGCUGCUGGCCAUGGCAUUGGUGUUCGCUGGGUUGGUGGGCAAUAUGCUACAAAACAUCAAGUUCAUCAAGUGGUUCUGCCUCUACCUAUUCGUGUGCCUGAUAGUCAUCGAGUUCAUGCUCUACAGAGACGUCAUUCUGAAACUCGCACUCAGUAGGCUGGUCCAUGUGCGACAUGAGCGUUUCUCCCUACUGGGGUAUAAGCCCACUGAAUGGCUGAUGGACCAAGUGGUCAAGACCAGUGUCAGGAUCAAGAGCCAAAGGAUGAUCUUCUUCGUAAAGGACCAAAGUAUUGUGGUUCUCAACAAAGCCUGUCUAUACGUCCGCGGCAACGAGCAAACGAGUUGGUUACAAUUUGUCCAUGUCUAUCAAGACGAGAGUGAGAUAGCGAGGAUCUCCAAGGACAUCCAGCUACUAGACCAGAUUUAUCCCAAAAUGCGAUUCGACUUCAUCGCCAUCAAGGGAAGGUUUGAUAGAGAAGAGAUUGACAUGAUCAGCGACUAUCUCAGAGUGCCCAAGCAUUUUAUGUUUAUAGCCUGUCCCGGCCAAACCUUCAAGCAGGACAUUGCCAAACUGGGAGGCGUCAGAAUCAUCACGAUAUAGACCUCUAAAUAAUUAUUAGCAUAAUAUACGUAAAAUCUAGAACAUUAGCAAGCCGUGUCUGCAAUGGAUAUCACGUCCGACAGAGAUUGGAAAUAAAGCCUGGAUUUCAGGAAAAUGACGAUCCAGCCGGAUUAUAAGGACCA